AAUGAAAUAACGUAGCACACAACCUGCGAGAAAUCGGAGAUCGUGCGAGAAAAUUUUCUCGGGAAAAUUCUCCGAGGGAAAGCUAGGACUUGUACAAGGAAGAGGAGAAGACUGUGUGUUUCUGCUGAUCACCAGGUUUCUCCUUCGCCAGAUAACUCGUUGUACUCCCGGAGAUGGACCCUAAUCAGCAACCAGUUGAAAAUUAUGCAAACCCGAAGACAUGUUUCUUCCAUGUUCUCUUCAAGGGUGCUGCUCUGGCGUUCUACAUACUAUCCGCUCUUUUCUUCAAUAACUUUGUCAUAAUCUUCGUGGUGACUGUCCUUCUGGCUGCCCUUGACUUUUGGGUGGUUAAGAAUGUGAGUGGGCGCAUACUAGUUGGGUUGAGAUGGUGGAACGAGAUCGAUGACUUGGGCGAGAGUGUGUGGAGAUUUGAAUCCCUUGACCAGGAGUCUUUGGCUCGGAUGAACAAGAAAGACUCGUGGCUUUUCUGGUGGACCCUUUACCUUUCUGCAGCUUUGUGGUUUAUCUUCGGGAUAUUUUCACUCAUAAGGUUUCAGGCAGACUAUCUGCUUGUCGUCGGAGUUUGCUUGUCUCUCAACGUGGCUAAUAUCAUCGGCUUCACCAAAUGCAAAAAAGACGCGAAGAAACAGUUUCAGCAGUUUGCGACUCAGACGAUCGCGUCUCAGUUCACCUCUACCAUGCAAUCUGCGUUCACCCUUGUCUGAAAAGCUUGGAAUGGAAACUCAAAAAGGAAGAAUGUCUGUCGCCUACAGUGAAAUCAGAAUAUCAGUGUACAAAGAAAAGAUGGCCCAAAACUACACCGUUUUUUUCUCCGAAUUCUUACCACUUUUUGUUGCGUGUUACAAAUUUGGUACUUAAUUCGUUUUUUAUUUUAUUUUGUAUUUUUCACAUAAUCGAACUUGUCACAGUUUGUUGUCUUGAUCACUCUAGUGAAUUUUGUGUUUGAUCUGGAA